CUUAUUUCCUACUGGGGCUAUCCUUAUGAAAAAUAUGACAUUGUGACAAAAGAUGGUUAUAUCCUCGGAAUUUACAAGAUUCCUCAUGGAAGAGCAUGUCUAAGAACAUAUGCUGGUUAUGAUGUAUGGAUGGGGAACAGCUGGGGAAACACCUGGUCCAGAAGACACGUGAAAUUGUCAACCACGUCACCAGAAUACUGGGCCUUCAGUUUGGAUGAGAUGGCUAAAUAUGACCUUCCAGCCACAAUCAAUUUUAUCAUAGAGAAAACUGGACAGGAGCGACUCUACUAUGUGGGCCACUCCCAAGGUACCACCACUGCUUUCAUAGCAUUCUCUACUAAUCCAGAGCUGGCUAAAAGGAUUAAGAUAUUUUUUGCAUUGGCUCCAGUCGCCACUGUGAAAUACACCCAAAGUCCUAUGAAAAAAUUAACAACUCUUUCCAGAAAAGUAAUCAAGAUGUUGUUUGGUGACAAGAUGUUCUAUGCUCACACAUUUUUUGACCGAUUCAUGAUGUGCAAGCAGAAGAUAUUUCAUCAUAUUUGCAGCAACUUUCUAUUUACUUGGAGUGGAUAUGACCCAAAAAACUUAAACAUGAGUCGCUUAGAUGUUUAUUUGUCACAAAGCCCUGAGGAAACAUCUGUUCAGAAUAGGCUGCACUGGUCCCAGGCUGUUAAUUCUGGUCAGUUCCAAGCUUUUGACUGGGGAAACCCUGAUCAGAACAUGAUGCACUUCCACCAGCUUACACCUCCCCUAUACAACGUUUCUAAGAUGGAAGUUCCAACAGCAGUGUGGAGCGGUGGACAGGACCCUGUGGCUGAUCUCAAAGAUGUUGGGAAUUUACUCCCUAAAAUUACCAGGCUUAUCUAUUUCAAGUUAAUUCCACACUACAGUCAUGUGGAUUUUUACCUUGGGCAGGAUGCACCCUAUGAAGUUUACCAAGACCUAAUUAGAUUGAUGGAGGAAUAUUUGCAAAAUUAA